AACACAUCACAACGAGCAGAAACACAAUAGAGAGAGUGUUUAGAGAGCUUCGGUUUUCGCACAAAACCGCGAGUAUUGAGAGGAGCUGUUUUAUCCUGGAGACGACCGGUUGAUAGUCUGUCGUGCGCAUCGAAGGCAGUGCCGCGAACGUCUUAAAGAGAGCAACCUAGUCCGCGACUCAGCUCCAGAUUCGGUAACCUCGUUCCUUUUGUUAUUCCGUUACUAACAAUAUGCAACAAUACCAAAGCGAAGCUACCACUUCCACUGUCUUCCUCUUUCUCUUCUUCCCACUUCACCAAAACAGUUACAAAAACAGAAAAAUGAAGAGAAAUUAUUAUUAUACCCUUUCUCUGCCUUUCCUUCUCCUCUUUGCGUUCUUGAUGCUGUCUUCUUCCUUCUUCUCCCACUCUGCAUCGGCUCGUCUCCUCCUUGACGCAACAGCUUCAUCACAGACCAAAGGAAGUAGUGAUGGCGGUGAGACGGAGCUGGUGAGCAUGGAAGAUAAUCAAAAGGCUGCUGCGGCUGCGGCUGGUGAAGUGGUGAUCAUUUUGCUUCACUUAAAGAAGAAUCCUUUUCCACGGUAAGUCUAUAGAGGCUCACUUGGAUUACAUCUACACUCAACACCACAAGAACCCUUGAAAAAUGAAGAAACAUAAUUAAUUUUGAUGGCUUCCCAUUUUUUGGUUUGCUUUUUUUGGCCCCUAAUUAAACCGAUGUUCAUGGUUCUAUUAUUAACCAGUUUGCAUAAUACAUGGAGCUUAGUAUUCUUAUUAAAUGCUAUAUAUAAAACGUGUGUGUUCAUAAAUUCUUAUUAAUAAGAAAUAUGGAUCUCUUACAUACGCGAGAAAUUGUGAUACAUACUUACGAGACUGCUUCGACUAUCAAUUUCCGUCACUAUAUCCUUAUCGAAAAAAUGAAAAGCAGUAGGGAAGAGGAAUUUGGACAAGGAAUCAAUGGGUUUGUGCACCUCGUGCAAAAGAAAUUUAUGUAAUAGAUGUAUGGUGAUGGUCGUCCCCAUUCCCCACCACUUGUUUAAGAAUUGAUUCCUUUCCUUACAAUAUCCUCUCUUCUUAAACUAACUUAUAACCCGAUUCCUUGGCCGGAAUGUUUGUAUUUGAGUAUUUAUAUUAUUAUGUUAUGUUUGACUUUAUCAAUUCGUUUAAUUUUAUUCACAAUUCUUCGAUUGAGAUGAUACACAAAAAAUGAAUGUAUAGAUCUAACAUUUGAAAAAAUAUCAUCAUCAUUUAAGAAUAAAAAAUAUAAAAAUAUAUCAUUAAUCCCAUUUCAUAAUGAUAAUUAAGCACCAUUAAAAUACUAUUGGUUAAUUGAUUGUCAUGAAAGAUAGAGCAUAAUAGUCUAGCUACUGGAAUUCCCACACGACUCAUAGAUAAUUGCAAACUAAAAUUAAAAUCUCACAAUCCUCCAUAAAUGGUUCAAUAUUUUCCUUUUAGAAACAACAUGUCACUAAUAAAAUAAGAAAUGGAGAUUUGUUGAUUCAAGUCAACCACAUACUAACAACUCAACUAAAAGGGGAUCAUCAAAACUUGAGAGCAAAUGUCAAAAUUAGGGUUACCUCAAAUAUACUAAUAGACUCGAUCAAAGUAAUAAGGCACAAAAUUAGACACUCCUUAUCUACCAGUUCUAGACUUACAGUAGGUUGAAUAGAGAAUCAACCUUAAUUUCAGUAAAUCAAUGAUUACUCGUUUUAAGAUAAACAUAAGUUGUGGUAGCUACAACAACCAUAAAGCUAAAGAUCCAAUAGUCACCACUCUCCGUUGUACAACCAACUUUUUAUCCCAUCUAUAUUCAAUCUCAAGAGGCAUUUUUUUCAACCCAAAAUUCACUUUCUUAUCCUCCUCCUACAACUCUAUUUCUGCUACUUUGAUGGACCUCUCUAUGGCCCUCGAUUUCUCUUCAAAUUGGAGUUCUUGUCAACUCGCUCUUCAACUCCUCAAUGCUCUUCUUGUAUUUGGCCAAUUCUUCUUCCGUAGGGGCAGUUGUAAUAAGCUCGGUAAAACCAACUCUCAUCUCCAAUUCCAUCAAUAUGCUCAUCUCAUCAUUGACUGUCUUCCCUUCAUCCAGUUCACUUCCAUGCCCUUCAAUAUCCUCUCCAUUUUCAUUAAUAUCCUCAUCAUCUCUCACUUCUCUCUCUUCAACUACUCCAGUUUUGCUUCCAUGUCUUUUAAUACCCUCCUCAAUUCGAUCACUACCCUCAUCAACUCCUUUUUCUCUACCUUAGCAUGAUGUAGUUGAUCUUUACAUGCUAUCAAAUCCAAACACAAUUUCUUCCCCCACCACUUUCCUUCCCAAACCCAAUCCCAACUCUUCUACUCAUAGUUCUACACCCCACUUCUCAGAGUAUUAUUGCGUGGAGGCUCAAUUUUAGCAAUCAUUAUGGUUUACAAUUAUAUUGAUGCACAAUAAAAAUAUCGACAAAAUCAAUAAUGUCUAACUAAUCCUAAAACAAUAUCAAAAUUUGAUCGGUGAGUUGUGCCAUAAGAAUCAUCAUUGAUGAAGAAAAAUAUGUUGCGGAGAAAAUUAGCCAUGAAAAAUAAAGCCUGAGCAAAAAU